UUCGCAGUACGCGGCAGACGCGUCGUAAUUCCUUUAAACCGGGUUAAGACGCACGAGACUUAUCACGGUCUUGCAACAAAAGUUUCCUCUCCCUCUUUUCUUCCAUCUCGUGAGUCAUUCCGUGACACAUUAUGCGAGAGUAGCUCGAUCAAGGAAUUACAUUGAGAACGGAAAAAACUCGCAAAAAGCAUUAAAAGGUUGGAGCAAAAAUGGAAUAACCUAAAAAAAACGCCGUACCGUUGGACUUUUAGAACUAAAUUAGAGCGAAAAAAGUGCUCGGCAGAAAGUUUUUUCUCGACAGCGAUCGAGUAACAGUGGAAUUUUCCUUGUAUAAGUGUUGAAAUAAUCGCUCCAAAUAUAGAAUGGAAUUUGUUUGGAUAUAAAAAGAAAAACAUCGUAUAAGAAAGAGAGUGUGUGCUUCGGUGAUAUUUUGUGGUUUGUCGAGGUGUGACAGCGAAGAAAACGUGAAUUCGGCAAACCAUCCAUACGUAAUAUACAUAUACGUGUGUGCGUGUAUGUGCGCGUAUGUAUGUAUAUGUAUGCACAAAUACAUUUACAUAUAUAUGCCUAUAAAUAUGCGAGAGUGUAAAUAAGUAGCUCAAUGGGAGAGUAAACGUAAUCUGGUGGAAUAGAAGCUAGUCCAGGUGUAGUACGUGUGCUAUAUAUACGCACACUCGACACUUACACACUUAUACACAGUCAUACAUACAGGCAUAUUUGAAGGAACAUCAAUUUUUAUUCUCACAUAUGUAUAUGUAUAUAUAAAUACGUACACGUAUAUUCGUGGCCAUGUAUGUAUAUAUAUAUAUAAAUAUAUAUAAAUAUAGGCAACAAGUAUGGCGCGUUGCCGCGUGAUUUUGCGAUAGUCUGAAUCUUCCGUGCUUCGCUUCUUGCGUGUUUUUAAUUUUCUUUUUAUUUCAGUUAUUUUUUCAGUCGUUUUAACGUUACAACAUUUUCUUGUUUCACGGUGAUAUCUUGAGUUUUGUGAGUUUUUCUGUGUCGUGUUCUAUGUGCAGUGUCUGUGUAGGUACUACCGAGAAAAGGAUAGAAAAGGAGCAAAUAAUAUAAUAUUCGCGCCAGAGAAGUGUCCGUCUUUACAAUGCACCAUUCUUGCUGAGCCUCGAGGACGCAGCAGCGAUUAUUGCCUUGUACGGUGGUAUAUCGACUGUUCGUGCGCGCCUUCUCGUCUUCGACACCAUGUUAACCGAACAGUAAUGUUAUCGCUUCGAACCAGCAGCAGUGAGGAAGGUAACAAUUUAUGGACGAGUCUACGAGGCUUUUAGAUUCUAUCGAUCGAUCGAGCAACCAUUCAGCACCAUUCUCAUUGGGCAACACCGGGCCAACAAGUUUUGAUCCGUGAUAAGGAUGCGUGCACAAGAUCGCAGGCGUGCUCAAGCAUCGAAUUGAAUUCCGCGAGUCCGUUAUAUAUCGACAACAAAUACCCGGUCCUCGAGUGCCGUUCUCUUUUUAUGACCUAAUAUUAGUGACUCGACAUCGCUUGCGGAGGCAAAAUCAAGAAGGUUGUCGGCGUGUUGUGCAAGAUUUCCAAUCAUCGGCUCACCGGAUAUUUGUCAGCAAUUCAUUCCCAUCAAUUACACCACAUAUUUCGAUUCAAUCAAACUCGAGAAGCGUCGGUCGAUGUUACUGUCAGAAAAGAUUAAAAAUAUAGUGGUAGGAGUACGUGAAAAAUUACAAUGCGCUGACGCAACGGUGGCGCCUGCCCGACGAUCGAAAUAUCGUCAUUUCAUCUUGGAUAUAAAAGUUCAGCAUCGGUGAACCAUUGUCAUUCUCUUGAAACUCCUUCAACGCUACGAGCCUUUGCGGAAUUUAACCGCAAGGUACAGACACCACCGAGUAGCUAACGAGUUCCCCCGGACCCACCAGCGACGUCAUAACGGCGCGUGUAGUCAAAGAGAGGGAUAACGGAAAGAAGGAUGAAACGAACGAAAGAAACGUCGUUGUAUCUGCUGGGUCUGGUGAUACCGAUCCUGAUACUAUCAGCGAUGGCCGAAGAAGAUUGGCAGUGCGGUCCUCCGUGCAAAUGUAAAUGGGUAUCGGGUAAAAAGACUGCGGAAUGCGUGCGCUUGAAUUUCACUCAAAUACCAAACAAUUUGUCGUCGGAGAUACAGAUAUUGGAUCUGACGGGUAACCGAAUAACUUACGUGAAUCACGAUGCGUUCAGCCGAGUUAAUUUGGUAAACCUUCACAAAUUAGUGCUACGGGAGUGUGGUAUAAAGGCGGUGCACACGGACGCGUUUAACGGUCUAAAAAUCGUGAUAGAGAUCGAUCUUUCGGGUAACAACAUAAAGACACUGUUUCCCGGUACGUUUGUCGAGACACAGCGGCUACGUGUGUUGUUACUCAAUCAAAACGAUUUGGAAACAUUGGAGAACGGUCUUUUUCAUGAUCUCGGUUACCUGCAGAAAGUCGUCUUGUCAGAAAAUCGCUUGGAUCGAAUCGGUGAAAAAACAUUUAGAAAUUUGCCGGGCUUGCAAACUCUCACGCUGGACGGUAACAAUUUGACUAGCGUUAGAUUAUCAACAUUCGACAAUUUGCCGAAAUUGGGCAGCCUGGAGUUGCACAAUAAUCCGUGGAAUUGUAAUUGUCACCUGAAAAGAUUUCGCGAUUGGACGAUCGAGCGUAAACUCUACACGCAACCGACGACUUGCGCCCAACCGCCCAAUUUAGCUGGUAAAAUGUGGGACGAAUUGAGCAGCGAUGACUUCGCAUGUCGACCAAAAAUCACCUCGAUCGGCCCGUAUCCGAGAAUCGAGGCUGGACAAGGUGACGUUAAACUCUGGUGUCGAGCUUCGGGAAUUCCAAGGCCGCAAUUGUCCUGGGUUUAUAGGGCAAGAAUAAUAAGCAAUUCAACGAGACGUUACAACAACGCCGAUCGGGGCUACGUUAUCCACGAGAAAUACGAUUGGCUCAAUCUGACGAUACCCGAUGUGACAUCAGCGGACAAAGGGGAUUACAUCUGCAUGGCCAAAAAUCCGGGUGGUAGCAUCGAGAAAAAUGUCAGCCUUUCCAUCAUCGGCGAGAGUCAACCCGGUGGAGCGGCGACCGUCAGUCUGCCCCUCGCUCUCGGCCUCGGUGUCACAUUUUUGUUGCUCAUCCUCGUAACCGUUAUACUUUGCGUUUGGUAUUGUCGCAAGCGUACACCGAGAAACGACGAGAAAAAUCCCGAAGCCGCUUCGCUGGAGCAUCACGGACUCGGGGAACAAGAAAAAUCACUCAUCACCGCUAUUAAUCCGGUAGUGAAACCACCGAGAAGAUACGAGGCACCCUCGGUCACUUCCCACGGCACCGAAAUGACCGAGCUCAACAGAACUCUUCUCGACAACGAUUCCGUUUUCGCUGAGGGGCCCGGAAGUGUAGUCGUCGGCGGUGUGGUUGGUGGAACAAUUGAGGAUGAUAAUGAGAGACGCGGAAGCCCGGAGCUUGAUAACGGGACAAUGUCACGCGGAGUGAGUUACCGUCAAUAUCCCCCGGAUCUGUUGGCGUUCUCGGGUGGUCGGGGUUCGUCACCGACGAGUCAGGCCUCCACGGCACCGGACAGUUCAAGAUUGUCAAACAAUCAAAUGGGAGGACAUCAGCAACAAGGAGGAAUGAAUUUUGGAUCAGCCUCGGGUGGACAAUAUCCGGUUGGAUUCAAGACGCUACCGCACAAUCGUACCGGAAGCGUAUCGUCGGGACACUACAGUACCGGAGUACCGGUCUUGCCAAGGCACGGUUACGUGACUAUACCAAGACGGCCGAGAGCACCGAGCUGGAGCAGCGGACCGCCGACUUCGCCGACCUCCCUUCAAGCCGUCGAAGCCGGCCUCGAGCCCGUUUACGAUAAUUUAGGAACGCGAACAACCGCCGCUGGAAGUUCGAUCCGUUCGUUGAACAAGAGCCCGGAACCAGGUGCAUUGUCGAUUAUGAGAGGUCGACCACUCCCGGGAACUCCGACCAACUCCCAUUACAACCCGAUUCAACGCAGCACCCCGAACAUUAUCGCCGGUAGCCCCUUGGACAGAUCAGCGCCGGAAGGCGCUCCCGAAUGGCCGAUCAAACAGAUGCCCGAACAAAUGGACAAUCACCCGAUCAUCGAAAAUGGUACGCUCGGCAGAAAAGUACCCCCGAGGCCACCCCCGAAACCCAAAAAGAGAUCACCGAACGGUCCUCUCUACGAGGACGAGGGCGAGGAUGGCACCGAAGUCUGAUCCGGCCAGGGAGUUUGAAAAAUCGCGCGCGGAUCCUCGGAGGCUCGGUUCGUCGAGCCUCGCAGGACGACUCGUCCGUCUCGCUACAUGCCGCGCCAACUUUUACCCACGAGAACAUAAUAUAACGCAACUUUGCAACGUUGACCGACUAACCGGAAGUGCCUUGUGUCAAGUUCUGUUUCUAUAUUCUCUUUUUAUUCUCGUUCUUCGAACAGAGAUAUUAACGAACAAUCAUAGCGAAAACUCGAUGAAAAAUUUCCCUAAAAUUAGCUUCUCGCGGACUGACGACGAAAUGCUGACUUUUCGUGAAUUCUUCAAAACAAAAUUCGUCACUCGCGAAGAACAUUCCUCAUUAUCGAAGACCUCGUACAUAACUUUAUUCAUCUUUAUAUAUUUCCACCCUCAGUUGUUAUCAUUAUUAAUAUUACGACUAUACUUUACUCUUAUUUUACUUUUAUACCAUUAUUUAUUGUUUGUCCUGAGUGGUGAGGUCUCGAAUGGGAAAGCAGUGCUCCGAGAAAAGAUUUUCACAUUCGAGUACGCGAAGGACACAACUGCACUAUUUUUCCUUUCUGUUCCAUUUUCGCAAUCAAAUUUUUCAACAAUUAUUCAUCCCUACAUAUUCGGCGCUCGCAAUGACCAAUCGUAUGCCCAGAUUUAUUGAAUUUUCAAAAAAAAAAUAAAAAAUAAAAUCGGAAGUUAAUAAACGAGUUUGUUUCAACAUAACGAAGCAGGGAGUAUAAGAGGAUAAACAAGAGAAACGCAUUUGGAAUUUCCACCUCUAAUUAACUCCGUGAUUGAAGCAAGUGAUCUCGGGGAAUAAGGGAUCGUCGCUUAAGCGUAAUUUUGCUUGAAACGUACCAAGUUGAGUUGAAAAGUUGAUUAGCAGGAUCGAAUUUAAACUCGAUCGGUCAAAUUUCGAAUACGCAGGGGAGUUGAGUAUCGAAAACGGAACGGAUAAUAUAACUCGUUGACUCGCAUUAACAACAGGAGAGAAUCCCUUCGUCUUUCCUCCACUUAACGGUAUACACACACGAAAUGACUUGUACUACCUUAAGAUUAAACUGGAUAAAACAAUGAGCAAAUGUCGAACUAAAACAAAAAAAUUAUCGAAUUCAACGGAACAUUAAUGAGAAAAAAGAGGUAAACACGCGUCGUCUACGACGUUGUAUCAAUUAGGAAUUUCUUUUUUGCUCCCAGCUCGUAAUGAAUGUUAAACAAUCAAGGAAAAGCCUUGUGAGCCAGGGUGGACGAGAACUAAAGCGCAAAUCUUAUUAAUCUAAGAAAUCAAUAUUAAUUCAAAUACACAAAUAUAUGAAUAUAUAUAUAUAUAUAUAUAUGUAGAGCAGACUACGAGAUUAUAUAAUUGUUCGAAGUUUACGAAAUUUACGUAGCUCUAUGAAAAAAGCCCGGUUGACCAUGAGAGUGACUUGGAUUUUUCUUGCAUCGAUCUUCACGAAAAGUUGAAAGAAAAAUGAACAAUAAUGUGUACAGAUAUGGGAAAAAGAAUUCUCACAAGCCGAUAAAUGUAAAUACGCGUUGUUAGGGCGACGUUAAUUAACGGUGCUUCCGAUUAAUCGCGCCGCUAAACAAUUUGAACAUACUUCCAGUACCGAUCAAUAGUUCUCUCUUUUUUUCAUUUUCUUUUUAUAUAAUCUUCCACAAUCGCGAGGCUUUGGACGCCCUAUUUUCCGAGGGCAUUUCAAUGUAUAUUCAAAGCGAAAUGAACUUUUUCACUACGAAAAUUGGUCCUCGGAGGCCAAAUAAAUUAAUUAUCCAAACGACCCAUCAUUCAAUCAUCGUUCUUUCCUCAUUUGAUGAAAGUCUACCAUCGAUCGAUUCAAGCACGUACGUUUUUAUUAUGAAAAAAUAAUUAAGCUCUUUCGAGAAUUACAAGUGACGUAACGGGCUUGAUCGGAACUCUCGGAAGUAAUUUGACGCGUAACUGGGAAUUUGGAAGAACCAAUAUUAGCUAAAAAAAAAUACAAAAAAAAACUGGUAGAACGAAAACGUUGAGCAAAGCAUGAUUGCCCACCGAUCGUAGGCACGAUAGCCAAAAAUAAUGAACACGAACGUGCUUAUCUCUUAAUUUUUCGGAGCGUUACGAUCGUCACGUGAAUAGUAUACAGUCGACAUGAAAUCAUGAUGUUCUUUGCUGCGUAAAGUGACGUACGCUCAGUGUGUCCUCUAUGUAUUAAGAUUAUUGAAAAUGAAGUCAGCUUUAUCGAAGAGACAAAUAUGACGCGAUUGCGACGUAAUAAUAAACAGUAGAAAUAGGAAGAAGAAAAAGAAAUGAAUUCAUCAGAAUUGUUGAACGAGCUCGUAUUCUGUUAACGAUAAAAUCAAGGAUCUUCGAGCCAUAACGAGAAGUAAAAAGUAAUGUUGGGCCGCGAAAUCACAUGAUCCCUUGUACAUACACGCAUUGAUUCAUGCAAACAAAAUAAAAAGGAUGAGGAAAGAAUCACACUAAACUCCCCGCUGUUCGUAACUGAUGUUAAUAUGUAAAAUGGCAGGCGUGUUUUCAGAGGUAGGAAAAAAUCGAUAUUGGGCCACGAAUCAAGACGACAUGAUGAUAUAUUUUUGUAAUUUUGUAUUUUGACGUUCCCAUCCAUCGCGACGCGUAUAUAAAACUUUCAAAAAAAGGAAUGUUCUUUUUAAACGAAAUAAAAAACGCUUCCACGUUUUAAUUCGCGAACAAAUUGUCCUCCGAAGGAACCAAGGACGCGGAUCUCGAGGUCGAAGACAUGACUCGCCCAUCGAUCUGCCCGAAUUUAUUUCUCUUUCAAGUUUCCUCGUUUAAUUACAAGCCGAGAUGUGCGUUGCCACGUCCACAAUGCGAAAGAUAAAUCUACCGAAUCACAUAUAAGAGUGUAAAUACAUUUUUUUUCUCGCUCGUAUCGUUAUCGUAGAAGUAAUAAAGGGAGAGAGAGACAUAUUGCAGCUUUUUUUCGUACCAUUUGCGAAAAUACAAAUUUGUUUUUUCUCGCAGAAAAAAAAAACGUUGCCAAAAUAUUGUAGUGGGAACGAAGUUGAGGGAAAACGAUUUUGAUAUUUCAUUCCCUACCUCUCCCUGCGCCAUUAGACUAACUGAAAAUUAUGCAGUUGAGAUUAUUAUUGUUAACAACGAGAGGAUAAACGAAUUUUCUAAAUAUCAAGAAAACGCGUCAUGAUAGGUAAAUGCAUUCCUUCUGAUCUAUCGUAAGAAGCUACGGAAUUCUCAGUUUUUUUAUGUUUUUUGGUUCGGUCGAAAAAACCGUCCGGAGUUAGCAUCCAUUGACGAAGUGGAAUGCACUUGACUCGUGGAUAUACGCUCGCAGCAGUUUUCCAUCAAAUCCGGGUCAUCGCACAAGCGAAACAGAAAUUAUGUCGUAAAAUAAUGAUGAUAAUAAACAAUAACGAGUCUGAAGCACUUUACCAUAACAGAAUAUCGGAGUAAUUAUUGGAAAAUACCUGUCUAAUUCGUGUAUUUCAAAGAGACCAAAAAAUCAACGAUUUACGAGAAAACAUUGUGUGGAAUUUCGAAGGUUUGUGCAACGGUCGAAUCGUCAGUUUUGACAUUUUUUUCCAUUUCCGACUAGCGUAAUCAUGUUCGAAAAAAAAAAAAUUCCAUCCGAUUGAAGUGGAUUUAACGAGAUUCGUUCAAACAUUAUUCAGAAAGAAUUUUCAUUCCAGUUAUAAUUUAAAAGAAAUUACUCUGAUUCAAAUCGAGCGUUCAAUUGCCAAGGAAAUUGAACUGUACAAUUUAAUCAUGAGAAAUAUAAUAGUGAAUUUUUUUUAUCCCAUCACAUAUUUCGAAUAUACAAAAAACAAAGUUUAGAUCCUGAUAUUCUUGAUGUGCGAAUUGAUUAAAUAAGAGAAUCAAAUAUUAACUUACAAACACGAGAUUUUAAACAUCUGGCCUAGAUUAUAAAAAAAUCAUUUUGAAUGGAAAGAAAUAUGGUCGUCGUUCUCGUCGGAACGCCGUGAUUGGAGUUUUUUUUUAAUCAAGAGUCAACGUUAGAGACUCAUAAAGGCCCAAGGAGAUCUCGAAAAAGCCGACUUUUAUUUAUUUUUCGAAAAUUGCGACAACAGUUUAACGCCUCUGAAUUUUUCCAACCGUUUUCCAUAACGACUUUUCAUUUGACAUGAAAAAUAAAAGAUUUAAAUCAUUUCUCUGCAAAGUGCGUCGUUUCCGAGCCUCCUUGAAUUGGUUAUGGCCUCGAAUGGUUCGGACGAGACCACCCCGGCUUCUUGCAUGUGACAAAAAUAUGUAUACGUGAGACAGAAGAAAGAUAGAGAGAAAUAAGGAGAGAGAAAUGAAAGAUGGUGUGUUGAUAAAGUCAAAGAAUCGCGAAAGGAAAGACGAAAAUAAUGUAUUAUAGCUUAUAUAUAUAUGUAUACAUAUAUAGUAUAUACAUGAAUAUUAAUUUAGAUAAUAUGUGACCUAGCAAUGUAUCAGGGGAAUAAAGUCGUCGCGCGCAUUUAUAUUAAUUGACAUGGCGCCUAUCGAUUAUUCAAUGUUUUUUUUUCACACCUAAAUAAUUCCAAUCAUUAUUAUUGCUAUUAUGAUGAAUAAUACAUGUAAUGAGAACUGCCUAUUAUUGUAUUCAGAUUGUUAUUAUUGCUUAGUCGUUUUUUUACAUGUUUUUUUUUCCCCACGAAACUUCGAUAAACACAAUAUUAUAUAUAUGAAUAAAUCUUUAUAUAUAAAUAUAUGAUUUCUAUUGUACGAAUUACGACGUGCUGACGUAUGUAAAUAUUAUAAAUAUUUUAUAAAUGAAAUAAUUAGUGUGAUUGUAAUUUUACGAUGUAUAAUGAAAAAAAAAAACGAAAAAAAAACUAACAAACGAAACAAACGAUUCUCUGUACACUCCAAUGAAUGGGUUAAAAUUUUAAUAAAUACUUCCCAACCCUA